AGCUCGCUGCGUUCUGAUCGCACGCGAUCCCGAAGGAGCACUUGAGGACAUUCCCUCAUCGCACCGAUGGACAUCGGAGAGUCGUCCGAGGGCGACGCGGGCGACCUGGACAGCGUGAAGGCGCUCACGGAGAAGCUGAAGUUGCAGACCCGCCGGCCGUCCUACCUGGAGUGGCAGGAGCGUGUAGAGAACCGACCGUGGAAGGAGGGGAACCCGGCGGACAGCCCGGGCUCCGGGGGGCAAGCCGUGUCCGCGCCGACGGUCCUGAGGGACGAGAACUCCGAGCUGGUGGUGCGCAACAUCUGCGGCUUCGAUACCAUCGAUGAUGCUUUGGAGUUUCUGAGGAAAGAGCUGAGGGAGAUGCAGGUCCAGGACAACCGCCUGGCCCGCCAGCUGAUCCGCCUGCGCGGGGAGAUCCACCGGCUCAAAGUGGAGCAGGUGUGCGACCGGCACAAGGAGAUGCUGGACGAUGCCUCCUACGAGCUGGAGGAGUGCGGCGAGGAGUCGGACCUGCUGUGCGACAUCCCCAUGAAGGCCGCCUUCGCUCUGUCCACGCCGCUCAAGCACCUGGGCCUCACCAAGAUGAACAUCAACUCCAGACGAUUCUCACUGUGUUAAAAAAAAAAAAAAAAAACCUUUGCUCAGGCCUAUUUCCUCCUCUGGAGCCGCUGAUAAGAGUCAAGAGGGACUGACGUCUAUUAGUGGGAAGGAAAAUGGCCGCUGGCUGACUCGACGUGCAGGAGUAGGCCUGUUUGGGGCUCACUCACCUCAGUGUAAUACAGGCACACCCUGCAGCUGCACUGGUCUGCUGUUGACUUUUCUUUGCACGGUCACGUUAAUCAGAGUCGAUAGAGCCAGACUGAGAUGCUAUGGUGGAUAUGGAGUCAUGGCAGUCCGUCUUAUCAACAAUGGCUUUGUAUUGCAAAAAAAAAAAAUUGUGCCAAAGUGAAAAACUGUGUUUUGCAGAAGAAUAAUUCAGAAAAAGAAGGUGUCUUGGGGGAGUUUUGUGGUCGCAUAGCAUCACAAACUUAAAGUCAGUGCACUGUAAGUCAGGCCUGAGGGUUCGGGGGCAACUGAGGGAAUAGUUCCAUCUCUUAAAAUCCACUUUUUUUUCUUUUGUGAAGUCACACUGCAAACUACUGCUUCAGAUCACUAUUACAUUUAUUUGUGGGGUAGAAAAAAGUACGACGCGUCUGUUCAGCCAGUAGCCUCAAAGGAAGUGGGGGGUCGUUCUCCAGCAUUUUUACGCCUCCUCCUCACAAACCAAAUAUAUUUCUAUAUCCUCAGCAGCGCAGUGAGAGGACCCAGGAGGCCAUGCCUCUUGCAUUUAGUUUUCCAUUACCGUAUCCAGAUGCCGCAGAGCCCGGGUUAAAACAAUAUAUGUAGCUGGACAGUGACUUAGUGGCACCUCGGGCAAUUUAGAGCAAGUUCAGCGGUUUGUUUUAUAGCUUUAUAUUAUUAGCAACGGCAAGUAGGAGGAAUGAGAUAUUUUGAUUAAUAAUAUGAGAGAUAUAAAACUGUUAAAUGUAAAGAAACUAUAAGUGCCAUUAUUAAAUCCUGCUACUGCUAAAUGAAUGUAUCUUUAUGACAAAUGAAAAGAAAUGCCUUAAAAAAAAGUUUUUUUUUUGCACAUGCAACGCAAUAUUAAAGGAACUUCACCAA